AGUGGCGGAAGCCGAGGGGGCGGGCUCGCGCCGACCUGCUUUCCGGCGUGACACUCGGCUCUCGCCCGUGACACUCGGCUCUCGCCCGUGAGGCCCGGUGGAGGCGGCGGGAGGAGCGGUGGACCGGCGUUUGGAACUCUAUUUUGAGAACCUCUCAAAAAGGAAAACACAAAUCAUGGAAAAGAAGGAGAACAACCGAAAGCUUCGGGUUUGUGUUGCUACUUGCAACCGUGCUGAUUAUUCUAAACUUGCCCCAAUCAUGUUUGGCAUUAAAAUGGAACCUGAGUUCUUUGAACUUGACGUGGUGGUACUCGGCUCUCACCUGAUAGAUGACUAUGGAAACACAUACCGCAUGAUUGAACAAGAUGACUUUGACAUUAACACCAGGCUACACACGAUUGUCAGAGGGGAAGAUGAAGCCGCCAUGGUGGAGUCAGUAGGCCUGGCCCUUGUGAAGCUCCCAGAUGUCCUUAACCGCCUGAAGCCGGAUAUCAUGAUUGUCCAUGGAGACAGGUUUGAUGCCCUGGCGCUGGCUACAUCCGCUGCCUUGAUGAACAUCCGAAUCCUUCACAUUGAAGGGGGGGAAGUCAGUGGGACCAUUGACGACUCCAUCAGACACGCCAUAACGAAACUGGCUCAUUAUCACGUGUGCUGCACCCGGAGUGCCGAGCAGCACCUGAUAUCCAUGUGCGAGGACCACGAUCGCAUCCUGUUGGCAGGCUGCCCUUCCUAUGACAAGCUUCUCUCCGCCAAGAACAAGGACUACAUGAGCAUCAUUCGGAUGUGGUUGGGUGAUGAUGUCAAAUCUAAAGAUUACAUUGUGGCCCUCCAGCACCCUGUGACCACUGACAUUAAGCAUUCCAUAAAGAUGUUCGAGUUAACCUUGGAUGCGCUUAUCUCAUUUAACAAGCGGACCCUAGUUCUGUUUCCAAAUAUUGACGCAGGGAGCAAAGAGAUGGUUCGAGUGAUGCGGAAGAAGGGCAUUGAGCAUCACCCCAAUUUUCGUGCUGUGAAACAUGUCCCGUUUGACCAGUUUAUACAGCUGGUUGCCCAUGCUGGUUGUAUGAUUGGGAAUAGCAGUUGCGGGGUACGGGAGGUCGGCGCUUUUGGAACACCUGUGAUCAACCUAGGAACACGUCAGAUUGGAAGAGAAACAGGGGAGAAUGUCCUGCAUGUCCGGGAUGCUGAUACCCAAGACAAAAUAUUGCAAGCACUGCACCUUCAGUUUGGGAAACAGUACCCUUGUUCAAAGAUAUAUGGGGAUGGAAAUGCUGUUCCAAGGAUUUUGAAAUUUCUCAAAUCUAUUGAUCUUCAAGAGCCACUACAAAAGAAAUUCUGUUUUCCUCCCGUGAAGGAUAACAUCUCCCAGGACAUUGACCAUAUUCUUGAAACUCUAAGCGCCUUGGCUGUUGAUCUUGGUGGGACAAACCUCCGAGUUGCCAUAGUCAGCAUGAAGGGUGAAAUAGUUAAGAAGUAUACGCAGUUCAAUCCUAAAACCUAUGAGGAGAGGAUUAAUUUAAUUCUACAGAUGUGUGUAGAAGCCGCAGCAGAAGCUGUCAAACUGAACUGCCGGAUUUUGGGAGUAGGCAUUUCCACAGGCGGCCGGGUAAAUCCUCGGGAAGGAAUUGUGCUGCAUUCCACCAAACUGAUUCAAGAAUGGAACUCUGUGGAUCUCAGGACCCCCCUGUCUGACACUUUGCAUCUCCCCGUGUGGGUAGACAACGACGGCAACUGUGCCGCUCUGGCAGAAAGGAAAUUUGGCCAAGGAAAGGGCCUGGAGAACUUCGUGACGCUUAUCACAGGCACAGGAAUUGGCGGAGGGAUCAUCCAUCAGCAUGAACUGAUCCACGGAAGCUCCUUCUGUGCUGCAGAGCUCGGCCACAUUGUGGUGUCCCUGGAUGGCCCUGACUGUUCCUGUGGGAGCCAUGGGUGUAUUGAAGCCUAUGCCUCUGGAAUGGCCUUGCAGAGAGAAGCCAAAAAGCUACACGAUGAAGACCAGCUCUUGGUGGAAGGGAUGUCCGUGCCCAAAGACGAAGCUGUGGGCGCGCUCCAUCUCAUCCAAGCUGCGAAACUUGGCAAUGCGAAGGCCCAGAGCAUCUUGAGGACAGCUGGAACAGCUUUAGGUCUGGGGGUUGUGAACAUCCUCCACACCAUGAAUCCCUCCCUUGUGAUCCUCUCUGGAGUCCUAGCCAGUCACUACAUCCACACUGUCAAAGAUGUCAUCCGCCAGCAAGCCCUGUCCUCGGUUCAGGACGUGGACGUGGUGGUUUCAGAUUUGGUGGAACCCGCCCUGCUUGGUGCCGCCAGCAUGGUCCUGGACUACACAACUCGCAGGAUCUACUAGGCUUCCCGGCAGUGGACAUGGACCAAGACUCAAGAGCUCCUUGGUGGAAUCAGGUUGUCUUCUAGAUGAGCAUUUCUUAAAAAAGCAAAUUUGGUACUUAGAUUUGUUAUUUGGCAGGUGACUUUGGCAGGGACGUUGUUGCUUUUAGUCUCCUCUUCCAAAGUCCCUCUCUUCCCAACCCCCACUUUUGUAGCUGCUGCUCUUUCUGGGGUCCUUUCAGCUCAAACCUUGGAGGGACCAGUCACCAUCUUCUGUACCAAAAGGAGCUGCAACAGUAGAUGAGGAAGCCUUAGGACGCUGCUUUCCAGAUGUAGCGCUUAGACCUACAGGCCUUGCUGGGGUGUGACCUUGAUACCAGCGUUUGGCUCAUUAAUCCUUCUUCCUCUGACCCUAAAUUCAGGACACAUAAAUGGAUCGAGUCAGGGAACAGAAGGAAAUCGCAUCAUGAAAGGCUUAUGUAAACUUUGUAAAGACCGUUUUAUCAAGGUAUUUUUUUUUUUACAAUGCACCAUUUGAAAAGCUUUGACAUACGUACAUACCUGUAAAACCAUGACCACAAUUAAGACUCAGAUGAACUCCUCCACCCCCACGUGACACCUGUCGAAAGAUGUUAUUUGCUAGUACUCUUGCAGAACCUUGAGCAACGUUAUUGACCUUGUCCUUACCUUCUUAAGGACAGCUGAGAAGCCACUAAGACUUAGAGCCUCUGAAAGAUUAGCCUUCCCAGGAGUUGCCACUGUCACGCAGUGGGUUAAGAAUCUGACUGCAGCAGCUUGGGUCUCUGUGGAGGUGCAGGUUUGAUCCCUGGCCAGUCACAGUGGGUUAAAGGAUCUGGAGUUGCCAUACCUGUCGCUUGGAUUCAGUCCUUGGCCCUGGAACUUCCAUAUGCCACGGGUGCAGCCAUUUAAAAAAAAGAAAAAAAAAUUAACCAUCCCCUAUUUUUUGCUCCUGAAAAAUAGACACCUCUCUCUUCAAUAGCUUCUCAUACUAUGUGGAAUGUGACCUUAGCGUGUUGAUUAAAGCAGUGUUUGUUGUGUGUCAGACCUAGAGGCCACAUCUGUGAAUCUGGAUUCUGGCUAAGUGAGAUUCCAUGCUCGCACUGGUGUCAAGUUACAAAAGCCAAGGUGCUUGCUAUAAAUAUCAACCUGGAAGAAAUACUAAUAGCCACCAUUUCUUAAGUGCCUACUGUGUGCCAGGCUCUGAACUUGGUGCUUCAUAUACAUUAUUCUAAAUUCUUACAAUGAGUAAGGCAGGUAUUUUUAAUUCCCAUUUUAUAGAACCCCAAACCAAGUUUUUAAGUGGCACGCCGAAAGCCAUGUGGCUAGUCUUAGAGACACCGUUUGAUCUGGGGUCCCUCUGUGCUUUUUCUGCUACGCCACACAACCUCUACUCAUAUCAAAAAUUUUCAAAGUGCAAAUAUAUUCAAAUUUACUCCAGGCUACCAAAAGCUUUCACAAGAAUAUCUCAUUAGCAGAUGAAGUGUUUUAUCCCUGACACCAUCUCUCAGUGGUGAAGUGAAUCAUAUUUCUGUAGGAUGUGGAAAUUUUGCCAGUGCCGUAUUUGGUCUAGUGACAGAUUUUUAUGGGUACUUUUUGAUGAUGUAAAAAAGCGUAUGCAUAUGUUUUCCAGAUUGUUAUUUUAGGAAAACCUGAAGGUUUCUAUAACACAUUGUUUCAGUGUUAGCAUAUAAAACAAUCAAGAUUGCAUUUGAAGUAUUUCCUUCCUGGUGGGUUAAUGUGAAAAGAUAGGUUGAUUGACUCCUACAACUCUAUCAGCUCUGAUCAUCUCCAGGACCUGGUUAUGGUUGAAACAUUCCACGUCGAUUCCUGGGAAGGAAGCUAUCUGGCUUGGCUUCUCAGUGUCUGGCGCAAGUUGGUGUACUGUGAAGGGGCAUUAGUCAUUGUGUUGUGUAGACAGUUGUGUUGCUACCAAGUUUCACACCAAAUAUUUGGAAGAAUGGUAUUGAAUCUAAAGCCAAAUCUUAGUUUUUAUUAAAUUCGUGGAAAGGCUAAUAUAUUCCAACAUAAUUAUUACAUAUAAUUAAGUGAUCACAUCUUAAUUUAUUUUAAUGUACAUAUGUUACUAUUCUGAGCCACGUUCUAAAGAAAAAAUAAAUGUGGAAAUUCCGACA